CAUGUAACUAAGAAGAAACAGAGUUACUCAUUUAUUACGUCUGUUAACCAAUAUAUUUGCUGCUGGACCGUGUGAAAGCCAACCUAAGGCCCGGAAAUGGCAAUUAUGGAACAUUUGAAUUAAUAUUGAAAUAUAAACAUUCAUUUUGGAUUAACAAUUGACUGUUAUACUGAUGCACUUGAUUAUUACAGCAGUUAUGCUAUGCACAAAUCUGCAAUUUUGUGGGGACUAAUUUCACGCGGCUCACUUGAACGUAUCAUUGUGACGUAUUUCCGACAUUCGGAGAGGUGUGGAAGUGGACCAUGGUUAUGAUGAUCUGCUUGAAGCUUUAGUUUAAUUCAGACUUUUCAUUCUAAUUCAUCGUCUUAUUGUAUUGUAUUUUCACUGUCAUAUUCAAAGUAACUCUGUUUUUGUCACACAAGAAUUGACCGUAAGACCAGAUAGCACAGCCCGUGCUCCCAUCGCAUCUUCUCAUGCACUCUUUGGCCCACGAGAUCCAGGGAUUCUCCAAAUCUCGGCUGAAGAAGCAGAGCACCUGUGUGACCACUGCGACGGGGAAGAGGCUGCUGGAGACUAGGAAUGAUGCAGGAGAGGAGCACCUGGAAUCGCUGGACGAGGGCUGUGGGAUUGUGCUGGAUCACAGCCUGGAUCUUCAGGUUGGAGUAGUUCGACCUUUUUUACUGCUUGCAUCUCAGGAUGCAGCCCAUGACAUGGAGACCCUCCGCACACAUCAGGUGACCCAUGUUUUGAAUGUGGCCUAUGGCGUGUCCAAUCCAUUUCCAGAACAGCUGGUCUACAAGACAGUGCAAAUUCUGGACCUCCCAGACACCAACAUCACUGCUUAUCUGGAGGAAUGCAGCAGCUUCAUUAAUCAGGCCAGAGAACAGAAUGGAGUAGUGCUGGUUCAUUGCAAUGCGGGAGUAUCACGUUCUUCUUCCAUUGUGAUUGGCUACUUGAUGGCACAGGAGAAACUUUCCUUUGAUAGAGCCCACAGCCAGGUCCAGUCUGCUAGGCCUUCAGCCCGACCCAACGCGGGAUUUUACCGCCAAUUACUUCACUACAAGCCUUAAAGGACACACCUGCGUCAGAAGUACUGUAACUAGCUGGACUAAUGUGCUGUGCGUGUUUAGGACAAAUUACAGAUCAUUCUACACUGUGGUUGCUACACACCAAGGAAAAUGCAGAUAUAACCAAACAGCUGCUUUAAAUUUGCACUAUGUAUCUAUGUGGGGAAGGGUCCACCACUAGUUUGUCAUGCAGUGCUAGUGGAAUCAACCCCUCCCAACUUCAAAUUUGAAUCUGAAACACGAGCAAAUAAAAAGAGUGGAGGAGUG